AUGAAGCUUUUGCAUGCCGCCUCUUUGCAAUUGCUGUCCAGCUUUUCCCGAGCGAACCCGGGGUUCAUAUACCAGCAGACGCACAACCCGCGGAGGGUUCUGACGAAACCAUCAAAACCUGUCCAUAACGGAGGCAAGGACAAUGAAGACUGGGACUAUCUCCUCUAUGUCAAUGAUAUUCUGGGAGACCAGGAAGGCCGACAGUACAGCAUUCAGGAUAUUCUUGGGCAAGGAACGUUUGGGCAGGUUGCCAAAUGUGUGAAUAUAAAGACAAAAGAGGCGGUGGCGAUAAAGGUCAUCAAGAACAAACCCGCCUAUCGCAAUCAGUCUCUCAUGGAAGUCGCAAUACUGGAGAUGCUGAACCGGAAAUUUGACCCGAACGAUUCGCAUCACAUUGUGCGCAUGGUGGACCAUUUCGUACACUUCAGCCACCUCUGCAUCGUAUUCGAGAUUAUGAGUGUGAAUCUAUACGAGCUGAUCAAACAAAAUCAAUUCCGCGGAUUGUCCGCGAACUUGGUACGGAUCUUCAUUCGCCAGAUCUUGGAUUCACUGGUUGUUCUGAACAAGGCGCGUAUAAUCCACUGCGACCUGAAACCCGAGAACAUCCUACUGAAAAACCUGGAGUCUCCGAACAUCAAAGUGAUCGAUUUUGGAUCGGCGUGCCAUGAAAAUCAGACUGUGUACACAUAUAUCCAGUCUCGGUUCUAUAGAUCACCGGAGGUACUCCUGGGGCUACCAUACACGUCGUCUAUCGAUAUGUGGUCAUUAGGUUGCAUUGCAGCAGAACUGUUUUUGGGGCUUCCUCUGUUCCCUGGUUCUUCGGAAUACAAUCAGAUCUCGAGGAUAGUUGAGAUGUUGGGUUUGCCGCCCACGUACAUGUGCGAGAAAGGGAAGCAGGCCAGGAACUUCCUGAACAAGCGGUACACAGCAGAUGGCAGGCCAUUUUUUGUGCUGAAAACUCCUGUGGAAUAUAUGGAGGAAUCUGGAACUACCGAACAGCCCUCGAAGCGGUAUUUUUCAGGAACUACCUUACCGGAGGUGAUUAACGCAUAUCCACUAACGAAGAAAGGGGCGUCGGUGCAAGAUAUGGAAAAAGAAACGCUCAGCCGUCAAUGCUUCAUUGAUUUCUUGCACGGAGUACUCACCAUCAACCCGUUCGAGCGGUGGACACCUCAUCAAGCGAGGAUGCAUCCUUUCGUCACUGGGGAGGCAUAUACUGGGCCAUUUAUGCCGCAGGGCGCACGGAAGCCUAUGCAAUCAGUAGCGACCUCCGGGGUCCCAAUGGAUUCUCGACCGGAUAUGGACAGUCAAGCUUGGAGGAGACGCUACCUCCACAACUACAGCGACUGGCAGCUGCUCAACGGCAAAGCGGGAACGAAGCGAUGCGCAACCACGCCAACGCUGCUCACGCGGGAUUACCCAUUGUGGACAUGA